AUGGCUGAACGCAAGAUCACCAGAGGGCACUCAUGUGGUCCAUGCCAACACCGCAAAAUAAGGUGCAACGGCCAGUCACCUUGCGCGUAUUACUGUAUCAAGACAGGAAAAGACUGCGUCCGACUUCCACGCUCUGUUCACACUGCCAAUAACCAUACCAGUCGCACUGCCCAAGCGCGGCUCCUGUCACAAAAUGGUUCACCCACCGCCAAAGGCCAGGUCGUUGUCAGUGGUGACCAGCGCCGAUAUGUAGAAGACAACAAGUUAUGGUCAAGUCUGGGAAACGAAGUGAACAGAUGGGCAAGAAGGACCCAAGUCCUACCCCAACCAAGCAGCACACCAAUGCCAUCCAGAGUCGAGCUGCCAUCGACACAUAUCAACCUGAUAUUUGGGCACAAACUGGAUUCUCCAUUCAUGCUGAAUCCCUCGGCUAUUCAGUCAUUUCGGCUUUGGCAGGUGUUCACCACCAACGUCCAUCCCUUAACUAAAAUACUCCCCGCACCGACAGUGCAGCAAGAGCUUAUCCAGGGGCUUUCUGAGCCGGACUCUAUACAUGGUCCGACCGAAGCCUUUGUUUUCUCGAUAUUGCUUGUUGCAGUAGUCUCUUUGACCGACGAGGAAUGCCGGAGCCAGCUUGGUGAACCCCGAGAGAAGCAUGUAGCGAGGUAUUGCUAUGCAACCGAGGCAGCACUGAGCAGAGUCGAUUUUCUGAGAUCGACAAACCUCAAAGUGCUUCAGGCGUUCACUUUUCACCUGCUGUCUUUGCGCCACCUUUGCGAUCACGACAUCUUGGGGCUCCUAACCGGGCUAGCAACUCGCAUGGGCCAAAGAAUGGGCCUUCAUCGAGAAAGCUCGCUGAAAGACCUGCUGCCAUUCGAAGCUGAGCUGAGACGACGGGUUUGGUGGCAAAUCGUCAUUCUUGACGGUCGUACAGCGCAGCUCACAGGAGCCUCGAUGAACUCCGGCAUUCAGCUAUAUGGAGACACGAACCAACCUCUAGGUGUCAACGACGACUACCUCGUCCCAUCCAUGAGUGCUUUGCCCCGCCCGUCUCCGGUCACUACCGAGAUGGUGUUUUGCUCAGUUCGCAUUGAGAUCGGAGUGUGGAUGAUUGAGCAGAAAUGUCUUCUUGACUUUGCGACAUCGCCUGACCGAAGGGCCAAGUUUCUCAAAUCUAUUGACGAGCUUGAGAGUCAUAUUGAGGAAAAGUAUCUCCGGGCCAUCAACACAGAUAUUCCGUUGAACCUCUUGACGACGUAUCUUGCUCGAUCUGCUGUCUGUCAGCUGAGACUAUCCGUCUACCACCCCAAUCAUCAGCCAGAGAGGACAUCUGAACUCGAUGGAGAACAGAUGGAUAUGCUGCUAGAGAACAGCCUCGAGGUAAUUCGUUACGACAUUCUGUCACAUUCUACUGGCGCUCUUCAGCGCUUCCUGUGGCAUAUCGCCAACUUCUUCCCUUUCGAGACUUUUGUCCUUCUCAUCAGCGCCUUAUCGGGGCGUGCCGGUGGCCAGAUCGUCGACGUGGCCUGGCAUGUCAUCAACCAAGUCUACGAGCACCAUCCUUGCUUCAUCACCGAUUCGAACGACUCAUUGUACUGGGCACUCGGAAAUCUGACAUUGCGAGCUUGGCAGCAGAGGAUCGCAGCCUCUAGAAACAUCGGAAUGGAGAUGCCUUUGGAGUCACCUUGCAUAGGGCAGCUUGCGCGCCAGCGGACGAACAUGGCACGUAACGCACAAGCAAAGCCGCAAGCGCCGACGGUGGGUACGGGCAGUAACGGCCCCGCUACACCCCAGGAGAUGCCCCAAGUUCGGGACUGGCUGCAAGACGCUGGUCAUGCCUCUAGCAUGGUACAGCAGCCAGCAUCGCAUGGUCAAGACGUUGCGAUGCCAGGGAUAGAAGAGGAAAUGAUCGGGAUGACUAAAGGGAUGGACAUGGAUUGGAACUUCUGGCAAGAACUUCUGGAUGGGAACUCUCGGGAAAGCCAGGAAUGCUUCACUUUCUCUUCUUUCGUGAAUAAAGCCUAA